AUGGACAGUACUUCAGCCGAGGGCGCGUCAGAGCCCGCUCCAGGUAGUUUGGAAGAAACUGCGGCCACGUCAAAGGACGGACAGGCGACGUGCAGUGGAAACCAGGAACAGCAGGUUCCUGAAAAGGGUGCACAACAGGACGUCGAUUCGAACGACGACGAAGUAGAGUCGAGCGAGGAAAAUUUGAGAGUUCUCAAGACUGUGGCAAAGAGCCAGUUCACGAAUGCUCGUCGUGGGAUCUUGAGCAAAAUAGCCCACGGCCAACAUGUCUCGAGUGCCGAGUUAGAUGCACUAACGGGGAUACACCAGCGUGCAACGAGCGUCAUUGGCGAUCUCCUGAGCUUGUUCGCGAGCACCGUGGACAAACAGGAAAUCAAGGAACGCAGGAAACUGAUUUCCGAGCUGGAGAAACUUGAGGAGCUGUAUUCUGAUGCUACGGAGAAAGCAGCAAGUGUUUUGUACAGCACUCAACAGCAACAGGAGCCACAGCCGAUCAUCCGGGAUACUGGCCCGGGUUUGCACCACGGUGCUGGAUUCUCCCCGCUCCCUCUUCCAUCUAGCGACAACACAGUGCCUAGUAGUUCAAGCAUCGGCAGCAGCAGCAUGAGGACGGAGAAACGAGUCGUGGAUGGUAACUCACCAGGCAACGCCAGUGCUGUGAGCGUAUUGAGUGUGGGGUCUGCUAUGUCAGCGGGGACUCCGGGAGCACGAGCUGUGCAAUUUACCCAACAUGCCACAGCAGGUGAAAGGACCGCACCAUUGCUCACUGGCGCAAGAAGUCUGAGGCAUGCAGCCAGGUCCUUCGUUCCGAGUUACAUGGACUCGGGUAUUGCACCGCAGUGGAGUGAGCAUCCCAACACUGCGUUCCAGCCGCCAACUGCCACAGCGUCACCUCGGGCAGCGCACAGCACACCGGUUGUUGCAGAAACCAAUCAGUAUCAGAAUGCUUGGGCGCAUCUCCAGAAGAUUACUAUCCCAGUUUUUGACGGAGACAAGCGCUGCUUCCAGUCCUGGUGGGCCGCAUUCUCGACUUGCAUUGACACGGCACCAGUCACGGCAGAUUGCAAGAUGUUGCGUUUGCGCCAGUACCUGCAAGGAGAGCCGUUGCGUGCCAUUGACAGCUUCGGAUAUUCAGCUGCUGCGUACAACGCGGCCAAAGCUUUGCUGCUGCGGAAGUAUGGCGGUGAACGGCGGCGUAUUGCAAUCUAUCUCGAGGAGAUCGAGGCCAUGCGACCAGUCCGGCAUGGCAAGGCGAAAGACCUUGAGCAGUUCUCUGAGCUCUUAGCAGUAGCUGUGGUCAACCUGGAAGACGCUGGUCGCGCUGCUGAACUUGGCGCAGGCUCCUUUUAUACUACUCUGCUGCGGAAGCUGGACGAGCAGAUUGUUGUACGCUACCAUCGAUGGCGCUACGAUCGGUCUCUGGCGGAGUCGGUGCACGGUCUGCUUGAGUUUUGCACAUUGGAGGCAGAUUUCCUGGUUACUGCAUCCGAAACUGUCAGCGGAUUCGGCACCAGCGGCAGGAGCGACUAUUCCCGCACAGGUCGAGACCAUCGCAGUGAACGGCCUAGGACGCUAGUGACCAGCAGUCAGCCUCAGUCACAGUGUGCAUCCUGCGGAGGCCAGCAUAGAGCUUGGCAAUGCGUUGCCUUCAAAGCGCUAAGCCCCAAUAAGCGCUGGAAGCUGGCGAAGGAAAAGGGCCUCUGCUAUCGUUGCCUCGACACAGGGCACAGUGGACAGGAUUGCUCAUGGGGUCGCGAGUGCGGGAUCGGCGGCUGCACCAAGGUACACCACCGACUCCUACAUGGUCCGACCAAGCAAGCCAGUCCGCCUGCUCGAUCUUCGAACGACAGUCAGCAACAACAGUCAGCAGCCUCAGCCUCCGAGGAGGACGAGUCGCGCACAACGCUCUCUACCGCAAGCACUGCUACCCCAGCCGUGGCCAUGCGGACAGUGCCAGUCCUGCUGAAGCACAACGGGGCGGAGCUGAGAGUAAAUGCGUUGCUAGACGACGCAAGUACGAACUCAUACGUCAGCUCGCAUGUUGCGAGUGAGCUCGGUCUUGCUGGAGAGCAAGAGGAUCUGACGGUAAAAGUGCUCAGCGGCCGCACAGAGGUCUUCCGCACGACCUCAGUUUCCUUGAACCUUUCCAGUAUAGACCGCCGCAUGUGCAUGACAAUGCACGCCUACACUGCCGACUCAGUGAUCGGAACCAGCGGCACGGUCAACUGGCAGCAUAAGAAGCAGCAGUGGGCUCACCUGCUCAACGUUCCCUUCCCAGCACUGGAGAAGCGCCGUCAAAUUGACGUUCUGGUCGGCCUGGACUGCGCCGAGCUGCAUAGGUCGCUGCAGGAGAUCCAGGGUGGCCCCGGCGAGCCGAUAGCCCGACUUACACCUCUCGGCUGGACCUGUGUCGGACGCGUCAAUCGCAGCAAAGCAACGAAUCCCGUCACCCUGUUGGCUGAGGCAGUGCCACAGGACGUCGGGCACAGUCUCGCACAGCUGUGGCAGCUAGAACAAUACAACCGGGCUGAGCCACAGCAAGCCAUCCUGUCGGCGCAGGAGAAGGAGGUAGUGCACGCUACGAAACAGUCGCUGCAGCUCGUAGACGGACGCUACGAGGUUGGCAUUCCAUGGUGCGAUGGACCACCUACGCUUCCUGACAACUUUCCCCAGGCCAUGAAGCGUUUACGUAGUACGGAGAUGCGACUGGCGCGCGACUCGGAUGCAGCAGCAGCCUACAGCAGCAUCAUCAAGAGCUAUGUCGACAAAGGCUACGUCCGUGAGGUUGCCAAGGACGAGUUGAAGCCUGGUCAUCAGUGGUUUCUGCCCCACUUUGCCAUACUUCGACCAGACAAAGCGACAACAAAGACCCGGAUCGUAUUUGACGCAUCGGCGAAGUAUGAAGGCACAUCUCUCAACGACACGAUGCUUCCAGGGCCGAAGCUACAGCGGCAACUUCCUGGCGUUCUCACCCGUUUUCGCCAGAAGCCAGUAGCCAUCAUUUGUGACAUCGCAGAAAUGUAUCUGCGCAUCGGACUGCGUCCUGAGGACCGGCAGUAUCACCGAUUUCUAUGGCGUGACCUGGAUGACACGACGGCUCCGCGAGUAUAUGAAUUUCAACGACUGGUUUUCGGAGCUAACGCGUCGCCAUUCUUGGCGCAGUUUGUAUCCCACGAGCACGCUAGAGCCCAUCAGCAGCAGUACCCAUUGGCAGCCGAAACUAUGCUUGCGUCAACGUAUAUGGACGACUCCAUGGAUUCUGCUCUGGAUGACGUCGAAGGCGUAAUGCUGUACGAGCAGUUGUCGGAAUGCUGGCAGGGAGCUGACAUGCACGCCCGAAAAUGGCUCUCGAACUCCAAAGUAGUCAUGGAGAAAGUGCCCAAGGAGGAUCGAGCAAGCCAGAUCGACCUCGACUCCCCGCAGUUGCCAAGCGUCAAGACACUUGGACUGCUGUGGUCAGCCACGACCGACACCUUUGCGUUCAAGCCAACAGCACCAGGCCAGCAGCGCAUCACCAAGCGCUCAUUCUUGAGUGCGACAGCUAGUGUCUUCGACCCGCUGGGGUUCGUCUCCCCGUUCAUCAUGAAGUCACGCAUGUUGGUGCAGGACAUGUGGCUACAAGGCAUGGACUGGGAUGACCCGCUCCCUGAUGAGCUCAAUCAACGUGUAACCGGAUGGUAUACUGAUCUAGCAGCGCUCUCCCGUCUCAGCAUCCAGCGCUGUCUGCAAGAAGUGAAUGCAGGCAACCCCGUCAGUAAGCAGAUCCACGUGUUCGCUGACGCGUCUGAAGGCGCCUACGGCGCGGUGAGCUAUCUGCGCUGCACGUAUGAAGACGGCCAUGUGUCGACCGCUAUCAUCGCAAGUAGAUCCCGUGUCGCUCCCGCCGUAACUGUUUCAAUUCCCAGGCUAGAGUUGUCAGCUGCUGUAAUUGGCAUGGAACUAGCAGUUUGGGCAUCCGACAUCCUCAGUCUACCGGUCCACGACACUGUCAUCUGGACAGACAGCCUCAACGUUCUGUACUGGGUUCGGAACCGUGCGCGGAACUUCAAGCCAUUCGUUGCAACGCGCGUAGGUGAGAUUCAGCAACACACUAUUCCCAGUCAAUGGCGCCAUGUGCCGACGAAGGAGAAUCCAGCAGAUGUUUUGUCCCGUGGUUCGUCAGCUGGUGCUCUCAUCGAUGAUGCGCUCUGGUGGUUGGGUCCCGACUUCCUCCGCAAAGGCGAGGAUGAGUGGCCGACAAUGCGUCUCAGUGAGCCAAGAUCUACUACUCACCUGGAGCAGAAGAACAACGCAAAGUCUGUCCAAGCACCGGUUGCCUUGGUAGCAGUUACAGCUCCUGACGCCGAGCUACCCUGGUUACUCGACCCGACACGAUUCUCGAGUCUCAAUCGUCUUCUCCGACAGCGCGCUUGGGUGACGCGCUUCGUGCAGAAUUGCCGCGUGCCAACUGAGCUGCGACACACCGGUCCGCUAUCCGUAGACGAGCUCGAGAGCAGCAAAACCAGUAUCAUUGCUGGUGCGCAGGAAGAGGCGCUGGCAGAGGAAUAUCGUCUUGUGAAAGAAGGCAAGCCCAUCCCCACCUCGAGCAAACUCGUUAAGCUGCGACCUAUGUUGAAUGAUGAUCAACUGCUAUGCGUUGACAGUCGACUGCGAAACGCGCAGAUACUCGAGCAGCCAGCCAGAUGCCCUGUCAUCCUGCCACGCGGGCACUGGGUCACUCAGCUAAUUGUGAAGGAAGCCCAUGAGCAGAGCCAUCAUGCUGGCGGAGUAAGUCACACGUUGGCUCUCUUGUCGCAGACGUAUUGGCUGCUUGCUGGACGAGAGGAGAUCAAAGCGUGGAAAAAGAAGUGUGCCCAUUGCCAACGACAAUCAGCGAAGCCAGGAAUGCAGAUCAUGGCACCGCUACCGACCGUCCGUGUGUCUCUGCCCAUGAGAGCGUUCUCCAGAGUAGCAGUGGACUACGCUGGACCCUUCACCACCAAACAAGGUCGCGGAAAGCCGCGCGCGAAGAGGUACCUGUGCUUAUUUACGUGUAUGCAGUCUCGCGCGGUGCACUUGGAGAUGGCCGUUAGUCUGGACGUGGAUGGAUUCAUGAACGCCUUCAUGCGGAUGACGAGCAGGCGCGGUGUUCCACUACAGUGUUGCCAAUACCGAGAGUUCUUCUUAUCCAUAUCUUACAAUGUACACGCAGUGACUACACAGUGA